AUGGCGCCGAUACGGAGGCUUUUUGUCUCGUUGGUGCUGCUGUUCAGCAGCAUCGUCGUCUCGGUCGCCCAGACAGACAAGACGGACGAGGAGUGGAAUAGACUCAAGCCCAAUGCGCGUGUGGCAUCUUUCCCGCAGGCCUUCCAGGAGGCGCCACCAGUUUCUCCUGACUACAUGGUCGACAACACUGGGAAUAGGCGAGGAGUGGCGCCAAAUAAGGGCAAAUACAAUGGACCUGUCUGGAAAGAGUCUGGCAGCUUCGAGGGCUACAUGAAGAAGCUCGCGGAAAAGAAAGCGGCUGGUCUUCUCCCCAACUCGACAACAGGAGGACCACCGGUGCACACCAACAGCACACUACAGAAUCGCCAGGGAGGAAGCUUCUGGCUUCCUUCUCUCGGACCUUUGGGCAAGGCUCCCCAUGCUGGAGACGGCUACGUCUUUUAUAGAAAUGUCUUGGACUAUGGGGCCGACAACACCGGCGCGACAAACACAGAAGAGGCCAUCAAUGCAGCAAUUAUCGACGGUGACCGCUGUGGUGAAGAAUGUGGAAACACGUUCGUCCUUGGCGCUCUCAUCUACUUCCCGCCCGGAACGUACAAAGUCUGCACGCCCAUUAUUCAAUAUUAUCUGACCCAGUUUGUCGGUGAUCCGAACGACCGACCGAUCAUUAAGGGCUGUGACGAGUUUACCGGCAUCGCUAUGAUUGACGUGGACCCUUAUGUUCCCAACCAAGCGCAGCCCGACGGAACCGGCGUCAACUGGUACAUUAAUCAGAACCAGUUCUUCCGGCAAAUCCGCAACUUCGUCUUCGACCUUAACGACAUGCCAGCUGCAACGGACGAAAAUGACCAGAAACUAGUCCCAACAGGCAUUCACUGGCAAGUCAGCCAAGCCUGCAGUCUGCAAAAUCUCUUGUUUCGCAUGCCCACGGCAGGCUCUGGAGGCGAUCCGCCGACACAUGUCGGUAUCUUCACCGAGAACGGGUCCGGUGGUUUCGUUUCUGACCUUGUCUUCGAGGGUGGCGCUAUCGGCUGGCGCGUUGGCUCGCAGCAGUAUACGGCCACCUCCCUCAAAUUUCGUAACUGUAUCACAGCCGUGCAGAUGGUUUGGGACUGGGGUUUCAACUGGCACAAAAUCGAUAUCGAGGGCGGCAGCAUCGCUUUCAACAUCAGCGGCCGCGGCGGUAUAGAUGGCCAAGGUAUUGGCUCUGUCUCCAUCAUCGACUCUACCGUCAGCAACGUCCCCAUCGGCGUCCUCACCAACGACCAUGCAACCGCGCCGCCCAACAUUGUCAUUGACAACACUGCAUUCAACAACGUUGGUGCCAUCGUCAUCGUCGAGGGUGGUGAUAUCCUCCUCCCCGGAGGUAGCACCACCGUCGCGCUCUGGGCUCACGGCCGCCGCUACAUCGGCGGCGAAGGCGAACGCGCGACUGGCCACGUUGAGAACCGGCCCACCAAGCCAGAUGCCCUGCUUGAUGGCUCUGGCAAGCUGUUCACCAGGCUUCGACCGCAAUAUGAAAGCCUACCGGUGUCGUCUUUCCUCAUUGCGACAGAGAACGGCUGUAGCAAUGAAGGUACAGGCGACAACACGGCCGCAAUCAACUCCUUUUUGCAGCGGGCUGCCAGUGCCGGACAGGUUGCCUACUUCCCUGCAGGUAUCUACUCCGUCCAGGGCACUGUGACGUUUCCCUCAGGCUCCAAGAUCCAAGGAACUGGCUGGUCCCAGAUCCAGGCCACAGGCAGCUACUUUGGAGAUAUGGAAAACCCCAAGGUUGUUGUUCGUGUUGGUGAGAAGGGUGACGUGGGCACAAUGGAAAUCGUCGACAUGCUAUUCACAGCUAAGGGCCCGACGGCUGGUGCCAUCAUGAUGGAAUGGAACAUCCACGAGAGCUCUCAGGGCGCAGCGGCGCUCUGGGACUCGCACAUCCGCGUGGGAGGCGGCAUUGGCACAGAUCUUGACAUCGCCACAUGCCCCAAGUUCAGCCAGAACGAUGUCUGUAUCUGCGUGUCCAUGCUUCUCCACGUCACCACGGAGGCAAGCGGCUACUUUGAGAACUUCUGGGCUUGGGUUGCCGACCACGAUAAUGAUAUGAGUCUUUACUGGGAGCUUGAUUCAUCAAAGUCGCAGAUCUCUCUCUUCGGCGCUCGCGGAGUGCUUAUAGAGUCCCAAGGCCCUGUAUGGAUUUACGGCUCGGGCUCAGAGCACGUAAUCUUUUAUCAGUACGAGAUGCUUGGUGCCAAAGAUGUCUACCUCGGACACAUCCAGACCGAGUCUCCUUACAUGCAACCCAAGCCUGUGUCACCGUCGCCCAUGGAAAAAGCCCUUGGCGUAUUCCCCGGCGAUCCGGACUGGGCUGAUUGCGGCAAGGAAACUUGCGAGAUGGCUUGGGGUCUGCGGAUCAUCGAUUCCGAGGGCAUCAUGCUGCACAGUGCUGGUCUUUACUCGUGGUUCAACGACUAUACGCAAGGCUGUCUUGAUUCCGAAAAUUGCCAAGAGAAGGCGAUGGAGGUACGCGGCUCUAAAGAUGUGUCCAUUUUCAACAUCUUCUCGAAAGCCGUAGAGGAGAUUGGCACCGGCAACACCGACGGCAGCAGUAUUCAACUCUCCGAUGGCAACCAGCAGGGCUAUACGAGCGAGAUCAGCUUCUGGUUUCCCGAGGACGGCACGCCUGGCGGUGAAGUCAUCUACAUUGGACCCGAGGUCUACACCACGCACACGGCGCAGUGCGCAACACCUCCCUGCGUCUUCGUCAUGCCGCCUACAACACUACCCAGCCAAACCACCAUCACCGUGGACCCAUACACAACGGAGCUCGAGGUCGGCGCGUCUUCAGGUGGUUCAUUUGUCGUUACCACAACAACUGUGACCAUCACUGUGGGAACCAUUAUCACGAGUGUAGUGCCGGUGUGGAAUCAUAACAUCACUCGUGGGGAGACGCCCGGAGCCCCCUUCUAUGUCACCCCAAGCGUAACGUUCCCGCCAACUGGUAUACCUCUCACCAAGCCCAAUGGCGAUGUGACCACCCGCAACGUCACCCUUCCUCCGUGGCCGCAGAUCAACGGCUGGCCGAUCGGCGGCGGCAACGACACCCGGCCCGGUACAACCACCACUCGCGGUCCCGGCGGAUCAGGCAGGCCCACAACUCGUCGCCCGACUACAUCCGGUCCACCGCUCACCGUGACGUUCCCGGACUCUACCUACACGGCCCCUGGCGUCUAUGUCACAUGCCCACCGAACACGCACUACAUAGCGGAGCACGACGCCGUCAUCACUAUCAGCAAUUGCGACGAAGCCCAGGGCGGCACAUCGCUCGACUGGAACUGUCCGCCCAUUGCCACCGUUGGUAUUGAUGAGCCUACUACUGUGGACUUCCAGCUCGGUUGCACACGAUGGACGGGCACUUCGACUCCGAUCCCAACCAUGACUGAGUUCCCUCCAGGCUACGAGCUUGAGUGGGUUGAAGAGGAUGACGAUGACGACGACGAUGACACCUCAACUUGCCAGCUCUGGUUCUUCUUCAUUUGCAUUAACUGGGGUCGUGUGAAGAUUGGUGGCUGGCGAUGGAACUUCCCUGGCCCGAUCGUCAUCAUUGGUCCGCCACCCAUCAAAUGGCCUGAGGGUGUGACUGUCAAGGGCUCGCUUCCAGGUCCCUGGCCGCCCAUUACAAUCAAGGAUGGCAAGCCUACGAUCCCUACGCGUCAGCCCACCGACUGUGAGACGCAAGAAGCCGAGAUUUGCAGCACUUCGACCUUCAUCUCGACCACGGUGACGGAGGGCACGACCAGGACGCUCACAUCGACAGCCACCACUACGUGCGACACUAUUCGUGGGUGUGUGGUGUUGGAUGGGGAGUACGAUACGACCAGCAAACGCGGCGGCGAAUGCCCCUUCCUUCCCGCACUCCGUACCUUCGCACCCGUAUCGUCCUUCCAAACACUGAUCGCCAAUGUCACUGCUACUCCCACAGCUGCUCCUGAUUCUGCUUCUGCAUCUUCCACCUCUGAUGCUCAGGUCUCUGCCUCUUUGUCUGAUUCAGCACCCGAAACAUCAGCCAUCGUGGACGACGACGACAACAGCGACAAGUCCGCCAGCAGGCUCACGCGAAGAGCGGAAGAGAAGCCACCCGAUGGCCGCGACCACGCCAUGCUUUGGUUGAGGUUCCCAGACGACAAGGACAGCAUACAACAACUCAGAGAUGUUCUUGCGGGUAAGGGAGAGGAUGAGGACAACAAGCCCGAGAUUUACACCACCUUGAAGGAAGUCAAGGGCACUGGUUACAAUGCUGAUGGCAGCGACUGGGUGCCCCUCAUCUUUGUGCCGAACAUGAGAACAUGCGACAUUGAAUACUUCAAAAGAAGGAGAGACAUCGUUGCCGACGCCUAUGGAAUCUACGCCAGGAAUGUCAAAGCCAAUGCCCCUGGCGGUGGCGACUCAGAUGGAGACGGUGACUCAGACUCUGACUCUGACGCCAGCCGACGGAGGCGCAGAGAAGUCAUCGACAUUGGCCCGAAGAAGCACUGGGAACUUUCGCAGAUCUCUAUCGGUCCUGGCGAGGUUUGGGACUCGACCUGGUCCAAAGGCAUGCGGAAUGGCGGUCACGAAAUGUACUACUAUGCUGACGAGACCUUUGGCAAGGGCCAGACAAUCUUCGUGUUAGAAGAUGACAUAUGGGGGGAGAACCCGGAGUUUACUGAGGACUACUAUGGUAUAAAAGAUGUCCCUUUAUCACGACCGGCAAUCGAUAAGCUGGACGAGUUUGACUGGGGCCUCGCCGCAGCUAACGGUGGUGUCAAUUUCGAGCACGGCACCCCAGUUGCCAGCAAGGUCACGGGCUGGGAGUUGGGCCUGGCCAAACAGGCCCAGAUCAUCAUUGUCAAGGAUCAGAGCAGGAUCCCUGCGGACCCCAACAACAUGAUCUGGGAGCGACACUUUGAGAAGUGGGUGCGGGUUUACAAUAAGGUAAAGAGCCUGGGCGAGGCUCAGCGGGGUAAGAUCAUCAUCACCACCUCGUACGGAUUUACCGAGGAAAUCCAUCAGAAGGUGAUGGGAAACGCUAUGUACAAUCGAUGGUACGACAUCUUGAAGAAACUCGAAGAACUAGACGUCGUCAUAAUCGCCGCUGCACACAACAACUGGGUGGAACUGGGAGACGAUCUGAGCGGCCUGCCCCUCAAGUUUGGCAAUCCUGGUUCGAGCGAUCGCAAACUCGAUGGUCUCACUGUCGUGGGUGGUGUUGAUGCCCUCGGCCGUUUGGGACCGCACAGCCCCCAUGCCGAUUGGAUGGUCAUGGCUCCGGCCUACCAGCUAUUCACAGUCGAAACCGCUACAGGUGAACCGAUAUGGGGAAAUGUGGGAAAUUCGUUCGCGGCGCCAUUGGUCGCCGGCCUCGUGGCCUACUGGCGAGCCCUUCCAGGCAUCAAGAACGGUUGGGGAGACGAGCUCAAGAAGCCGGCAAACGUGAGGAAGCUCCUGAUGUACAUGCAACGGGUGAUGGAGGAGGUGAAUCUUCCAGAAGAUCUCGAUGAGCUCGAGGUCACGACUGCCGAUUACCCUGCCGAAAGACAAAACCUGGACAGUGUACCCUUCAUUUGGACCGGAAUGCACCAACAGAAGAAUUGCCUCGUCGACCCAGACGCACACCCCAGUUGCCCCAAGGGGAAAAUCAGCGAUUUGGAUCCAUUUGGCGCCGGUUGCCAACAGCCAGGGGCGUCCGACCCGGGAAGCCCGAAUGACAGCGCAAAGUUGGUCCGUCGCGGCGGCGCAGUUUGCGUUGUGCGCCCCGGCACCGGGGGGAGCGGCCCUGGAGGUGGUGGUAUUGGCGACCCGAUCACCUUUUCUCCAGGCCCCGCAUCACCGACAUGCGUCCCCGGCUCUCCGGGCUGCGGGACUCUAUGUACUGGAUACUACUGUGUGCCGACGCCGACGGGCUUCCCACCGGAUCAUUGGGAUCCGGAGGACCCGGCGCACAAGCCGACAACCCGGCGACCCCCGACGACUACAGGCGGCCCACCUCUAACUCUACCUCCGUUGCCUACGGCUACGACGACAUGCGCCUCGUAUACGCCGACAGUGGUGUGCAACGGCAGUGGCGGGCAAAGCGUGUGCAUCACCAGCAGUGCCUGCGCGACCCCGACGCUGCCACAGCUCCCAGAGACCGACGCGCCGUACAGCGGGUCGGGAUGCGCUACUUACACAUCCACAACCAUCUGCAACGGCAGCGGCGGCAGGUCGGUUUGCAUCACCGACAGCAUCUGCCUGCCCACUCGCGCGCCCUGCCCUGGCUGGCCCGUCAUCGGCACACCGUUGUGUGAGCCUGCUUUCCCUAGCUGCUUGAAAACCACGCAGGUCUACAAGUGCGCUAGGCCCACGGCACCUCCAGCAGCGAUAGAGGCACGGCAAACUCCAGCACUGACACUGCCGCCAAAGAUGGCCCAGUCCACGGCCAACGGGCGUUACCGACGUCACCAGGUCGAACAGCAGAAGGGGGAGCCUGUGGUUCCCGAGGCUCUUCGUGAACUUGAUCCAGAGCGUAUCCCUGUGAUCGACCCCGAUGUCCUGGAGGAAUACACGGCAGACGACAGAAGCAACGACAGGAGCAUCAACAACAGCACCAGCCUCGCUGCGCAGUCGGAACUUUUCGGUCGACAAGCGAUCCCCUGGGGCUGCGGCGGCGCGGAUACAGGUGGUUGUACAGGGUACAACAUUUGUGUCAAGGGCAUGUGCGCCAACGUGGGAAAGUUUUCCUGCGUGCAGGCCUUUGUGAACAUCAUCAUGCACCCGAUCAAUACGGAGGUGGUGCUGGACGUCUUCGAGGAAGGAGAAUCGGUUUGUUCCGUUUCCAUCAAGUGCCUCACUAUCAACUCGCCAGAUUGUCUCACGGACGAGGCCAAGGGAGAGUUCGACUGUGGCGGCGGGAACAAGAUCGCGGCCUGGGGCAACGGGCUAUCGUCCGUCAACUACUACUCCAGCAAGACGAGCAGGAACUACAUGCUGUACCUCGGUCAAGACGGAGGGGACGAGUACUAUCCUUGCUCUGUUACUACUCGCUUCUGGGCCCUGUGUGUCGAUAGCUACUGGUCCGCCUCCGAGGGACUUUGUCGGUCCUCGUAUCUGUUGGAUGGUUCUACCCGGCGGAUUGAUCGGGGAGUGGGUGGGUCGACGAAUGAGACUUCGCCUGCGCCCUGA